CGGCCCACUAGAUGCGGCCAAGACGAACAGUUGGCUACGAGGCACGUUGGCGGGCGGAACUCAACGCGAUCGCAGCUGAUCGCCGGUCAUAGAAAAGAGCGGGACGGCAGACGCGAGUCGGAGCGAGACGGCGAGCUUGGGAGCCGGGGAGCCCCAAGGUGUGAGCGAGAGAGACAGCAUUGCCAUAUACACACGUAUAUACAUAACUGACUGUGGAAAAUAUCGCUCUGUUUUCCCCACUCUGUUUUUGUUUGCCAGCCCAUAAAACUCAGUUUUGGUGUGCUGUGUUCUUGGAACAUUUUUUUUUCGAUUUUCCCCCGUUGCGGCCCUAAAAGUGGCACAGUGUGUCCCACCUAGUGUCACCACUGCGCGCGGGGUGAGGGGGAAAGUUACGGAAAAUUGGGAAAGCGUUCGGGAACGCCUUUGGGAGCGGAUCAACUAUAAAUAGCAGAACAUAAAAGAGAGAGAGUACUGACAAAAAGAAGACAAAAAUAAUUCGAAGCGUGGGCAGCAUACAAAGUACAGUGCAGCCAGGCUACAGUGCACAUGCGACAAGCAAAUAAAUUGUAAAUAAAAAACAAAGAAACAUCGUUUAAAACAAGUUCCAAGACAAACACAGAAAAGUAAAACAAGGUUGCAUCUGAAUAUUAAGGAAAGCUAAUGAAAUUAAAGCAAUGCCCCUUUAGCGAGUGCCGCCUAUACAGACAUAGUUGAGAUAAACAAUAAAUUGGCCAAAGGCCAACAAAGCAAGAAGAAGCAGAAGAUCAGCCGUGAAUGAAGAAGAAGCAGCAGCAGAAAAAGGCAGAUCAAACAAGAGAACAACGGACGGACAACCAACAGGUGGAAGGAAACGAAGACCCAAAAAGAUCAAAGCGCAUAGAGCAAACCCUGAUCUUAAAAUCCACAUUAGAACAUUGGGCAAGGAGCCACAGCUGAUGAGCCGCCAUGUCCCAAGAGGCGGCAGAAGAUGACGAGGCUUUGCAGGAAGAGGAGGCGGAGCAGGCGGAUCAGGCGGAGGAUGAUCCGCUGGCCAAUUUGCUCAGCCUGAAGCUGAAGAAGCCCCCCCACUGGAACUGGGAGCUGAGCACCUCCCGCAGCUGCAGCAAUAUUGCUCUGCCCAGGAUCUUGUUAUACGAUCACACGGGCAAUCUGCUGGUGGAUGCCGAUGGCCAGAGGGAGGAGAUCUACACAUCCAGGGAUUCGCAGAGGCGUCGCAAGCGUUCGGCCACCGCUAAUUUGGAGCGCAACUUCCAUAGCCUUCGGAUAGCAGAGGCCACGCCCACGCCCACGCCCACCGUAGCGCCCAGCGAGGCCACGCCCAGUUCGAGUCGGGAAAGUGGGCGGCGGAAAACGCAUGGCAGCUGCAUUGACUUCAGCACCCACGAACUGCCCAACUGGGAGCCAUCGGUGAGUUCGCGUCGCUCCAGUUCGCUGCGUGGAGUUCGCUUCCAGGAGACGGAGGACCUGCCCGCUUACCCCACACCCCCCUCCACAUCCACCCUGAACUCGUCCAGCUCGGGCCCGAGGGAGAAGCGACGCUACCGCCGCUCGCAGAGCUCCAUCCUGGAGAGAUUCAGUCUCUCGAAGGGCCGCCACUCAUCGCCAGAGUUCGCCCAGGAGGAGGAUGUGGUCAAGGCGCCGCGUUACUACCUGCGAACCAGCAAGGCGGGUACCCUGGUGAUUCGCGAGGAGAGCUUCAGUUCCCAGAGGAUGCGGCAUCGGCGCCGUCGUCCGCCGAAGCACUCCUCCAAUGAGAAUAUGCUGCAGGAGCAGCUGCAGGAGCAGCAGCAGCAGCAGGAGCAGGAGCAGGAGCUCGUGCAGGCCACGACUCGCAGGAGAGCGCAGCAAAGGACACUCUCCACCUCGGAGGAGGAGGCGCGGCCUGCGGCGCUGGAGACACGGAGGUCCAGGGGCAGGCCCAGGAACACAAGCCAACGCAGCUGCGGCAAGGAUGCGGCUCAGGAGCUCAUCACCGUGGAUCCCGACAAUUGUGUAUAUCGAGCAGCGCCGGGCGCCACCGCGCGAUAGAAGAGAAGCUACAAGAGCCCCCAAAAGAUAGGAAGCCAAGACGAAUCCCAAGACGAUGGGAUUGGGUAUGGAAAAGUGCACAGGAUGCCGGGAAGUGCAGGCAGGAAGUGCAGAAUGAACAGACAAAACUAGAGUUCCUCCAUGUGAUGUAAGACGAUUAAACAUAUGAAAGUAAAACCAAUGAAACCAAUAAAACAAUACCUUAAACUCA